CACACAAAGGCUCCUUUGUGUUCUCCGACUGGUCUUGGCUAAAACUACAAAGCAAAUAUGUUCCAAUGCAAGCGGCUAACAUGCAUUCCGUGUUGUGCAGGCAGUUACAUUUGUUUCUGGCGUGUGGGUGUAAGUUUAGUAAAUACAACAAGCUACUGAAAGCCGUGUCUGUGCGCGCGCGAGUGUCCAACUGGCUCCAGGUGUCCUUCAUUAUCUGGAGGAGCAAGUCAAGCUCUCCGACUCACCUCUGAAAGACAUCCUCGCCCACUGCAUUUCCUGUUGUCUUUGAGCUUCCUGUCGCUGGUGACCGUAAAGACACAUUUAUACUAAAUGCAAACUGAAACAUUAACGCGCAGGGAACCGUGCAGCUCUACAUAAUGUCGCCCGGCUUGCAUUAACGGCGUUAAUGUGGCGAACGCAAACAAAGCAUGUGCCCCCGCUAAAGGAAACAACUGGUGGUAUUCUGCUGCGUUCAAGUUCCCAGGUGUGUUGGUGAGCCCAUGGAGAAGCCAUCAUCUUCAGGCAGAGCAGCUCUGGAGGAGAGCAAUGCCCUGGGGGAGGAUGUCGGAAUGCUGAGGGUUGCCGAGGGAGGAGAAGUAGGUGUUCAGACCCCGAGGAAGAGCAGCUCCUCUCGCUCCUCCCGCAAGAGCUUCCGCUUGGACUACCGACUGGAGGAGGAAGUAACAAAGUCCUGCCGGGACAAACAUGGCCGCUGGACCAACCCCUGGCCCACAUGGCGGUUCCCUUCCUACACCACCCUGCUCCGAUUCCUUUUGUUCGAUAAAAAUCACAGCAAUGUACCAACUAGUAAAGAGGCCCUGGACAUUGAGCUCCCAGUGAUGGAACCCUACUUCGUCCAGAGCCCAGACCUCUCUGACUCUGGUCCAGGUCUGCGAGUCACCUGGCUGGGUCACGCCACAGUUCUGGUUGAAAUGGACGGGCUGAAUAUUCUGACUGACCCAAUAUUCAGUCAGAGAGCCUCACCGGUCCAGUUCAUGGGGCCCAAAAGGUACAGAGGACCCCCCUGCACCGUGGAACAGCUGCCCAGGAUCGACGCUGUCGUCAUCAGUCAUUCUCAUUAUGACCAUCUGGACGCCGGCUCCGUGGCCAGCCUCAACGCACGCUUUGGAGGGGAGCUACGCUGGUUUGUGCCCCUGGGUUUGAUGGACUGGCUGGUGAAGAUGGGCUGUGAGAAUGUGAUGGAGCUGGAUUGGUGGGAGGAGAACUGUGUCCCGGGUCAUGAUGAUGUCACCUUCGUCUGCACACCCUCCCAACACUGGAGCAAACGCACAGCGCUGGACGAUAACAAGUCGUUAUGGGGCAGCUGGUCCAUUUUGGGUCCCGAUCAUAGGUUUUUCUUUGCUGGCGAUACGGGCUACUGCACUUCCUUCCAGGAGAUUGGACAGCGCUUCGGACCAUUCGACCUCGCAGCAAUCCCCAUCGGCGCUUACCUGCCCAGGGAUAUGAUGCAGGGGCAGCAUGUCAAUCCAGAAGAGGCGGUUCGGAUCCACCAAGACCUUCAGGCCAAACAGUCUGUGGCCAUUCACUGGGGAACCUUUGCUCUUGCCUAUGAGUUCUACCUGGAGCCCCCGGCUCAUCUCCGAGAGGCCGUGGAACAGAGAGGACUGAAGCCAGAAUCCUUUUUCACUUUGCACCACGGAGAGUCUCGCCUUCUGGCCUCGCCGGAAGGAGACGUCUUUGACUGACGCCCUCUGCAGCGUUUCAUGGGCCGUGUCUGUAAUGAAGUGCAGAGCGUGUUGUUUAUCAUAUUUGCAGGGUUCGUACGGUCAUGGAAAACCUGGAAAAGUCAUGGAAUUUUAAAAUGGUCAUUUCCAGGCCAGGAAAAGUCAUGGAAAAAACUUAAAUCAUAAAAGUUUUGGAAAAGUCAUGGAAAUGUUAUAAUCACAAGUUCAUUUACGCCGAGUUUGAAAUAAUGAAUAUUUUUUUUAAAGAAAGACGCUCAAAAUAUAAGCCGGCGUACGCUCUCGAUACGCAACAUUUUUUUAAUUUUUCAUGUUUAUCCCGAGAUUUCAGUUUGGUCAUGGACAUUUGGUUUCAAGUCAUGGAAAAGUCAUGGAAAUCCAUUGGUCAACAUGUGUAAGAACCCUGUAUUUGAUAGUCUACAGAAGCAACUUUUUUCAACUGACGGAUGGAAAAUUCAAAUGUUCUACAAUGCUGUAUUUCAUACACAAAUAAUGUGUCAUUCUUUCCUCGGGAGAAACAUUUGAAUACGAAGUCACAAAUACGAUUUGUAUCUGUGUAACGGAAAGAGCACAGCAUUAUUAUUUUUUUACUGCCGAUAUCACAUGACUCGUAUUUCGACGGUUCUGCAGCGAAAUGUUGUUUCCAUGGAGUGAACUUGCAUUUUGGUGUGCUUAAAAUGUCAAGAGAUUUUUGUGAUCAGCUCCAGGAAGCUUCCAGACCAGAGCAGUGACAUAUGUUCAACCACUGAAGAAACUAUUCUGCAUGCUAAUGUUAUCGGCGAUCCGGCCAAGAAUAAAUGAAAGCACUUGGUGCCGGGAACAAUGUGGAAACACAAACCUUCAGUAUGAAACUGGACAAGCACACGGUUAUUUAGAUGUGCUAGCCAAUGCCACAAUACCAAAGGUAUUGUUUUUCUGAAUGUACACCGGCCAGCCCAAAACUAAGAGAUGCAGAGGGGUCAGAAGGAAUUCUCAACCACUGUAUUUUAAUAAAUUAGUUCCGCUGAUGAGCCGAAUGAUGCCGACUGAAGUUGAGCUGGGUUCACCUUCAUGUCUUGAACAUUUUGUGCUUUUUUUUCUUCUCCCUUUUUUAGUGUGAUCAUUUUCACUCCUUAGAACAUAAGACAAGCAAAAUUAGAAUAAUUUCUAGUACUCACUGUUAUUAUUUUAUAAAUAUUUGCUUUGUUGUACCCUUGAUGCUGAAUAAAUGAACAUUUGGCAACACAA